UGCUUUUAUUGCUCUGCUUUCCCCAAAAGGCCCACAGUCUACACACACUACUAAACAGUUCAUGGGAAAGAAAAAGAUUUGAUUUUUUUAGAGCUAGAAGAGAAAAAGGGGAAGAGAAAGAGCAGGAAAUUAACCGUUGAAGACAGCGCUAGGAAAAGGGGCUGUAGCGUUGAGAGGGGGGAAAGAAGCUAACUUGAUUUUUCUGGGUUUUAUUUGAAUGUGCUUAGUGUAAAGUGGGCUUUGCUAAAUUUUUUGUAAAAAAUUCAGUCUUUUUCACACGCUGAUUAAGAUAUGUGUGUUUGUGUGUGGAUUUUGAAUUGUUAUUGAAGUUUUACAUAGAUCUGUUUAGGGAGAUUUGAGCUUGUGAUGCUUUGUUUCUGGGGAUUUGAGUGGUUGGAUUGUAGGAGGGAAUGUGACAUGCUUCCUCCCUCUCUCUUGCAAUCUCUCUCUCAAUCCUAGUAAUUAUAUUCCGUUUUUUGAUUUUGUUUGCUAUAUGACAGUGUGAUAGCGUCUAUAAUGGAAAUGAGGGAUUGAUUUGGUAUGUAUUAGGUGAAUUCAAUUGGGAUUCUGUUUAUAGAAUUUUUUUUUGGGAAAAAGGGAUUUGAUAGAGGAAAAACAGGAAUUUGGGGUUUUUAAGCUUUAGAGAAGAAGAAAAAGAAGAAGAAAAACAAUGGGCUGCUUUUCUUGCAUAAGUCAUCCCAGUAAGGAUAUGAGGGACUAUAAUGGAGGAGAUAUUGACACUAAUUCAUCGGUUGGUGGGAAGAGAAAGGCGAAUGUGAAUGGCAGUGUGAGUGUGAAGAAGGGAGGUGCCGCGGGGGCAAAGGGCAAGGACGGAAACAACCCCUCUAAGGGCAAUGCUGCUCGUAGCUUCACCUUCAAAGACCUUGCUCUGGCCACUCAGAACUUUAGGGAGGCUAAUCUGAUAGGCGAGGGAGGUUUUGGGAGCGUUUACAAAGGCCGUCUCGAAUCUGGCUUGGUUGUUGCUGUGAAGCAGCUUAAUCUUGAAGGGCUGCAAGGGAAUCAAGAAUUCAUCGUGGAGGUUCUGAUGCUGAGUCUGUUGCACCACCCGAACCUCGUGAACUUGAUCGGUUACUGUACUGAUGGCGACCAGAGGCUCCUUGUUUACGAGUUUAUGCAAAUGGGCAGCUUGGAGAAUCAUCUGUUUGAGCCUACUCAGACGCCGCUGAGUUGGAGCACGAGGUUGAAGAUUGCGGUUGGCGCUGCUCGUGGCCUUGAGUAUCUUCACUGCAAAGCGAAUCCGCCUGUUAUCUACCGUGACCUGAAAUCUUCAAACAUACUUUUGGACAAAGAUUUCAAUGCCAAGCUGUCGGAUUUUGGGCUUGCCAAGCUAGGGCCGGUUGGCGACAACACUCAUGUCUCGACACGAGUGAUGGGGACCUACGGAUAUUGUGCCCCGGAAUAUGCCAUGAGCGGAAAGCUCACCCUAAAAUCCGACAUCUACAGCUUCGGCGUGGUUAUGUUGGAGCUCAUCACCGGACGCAAGGCCAUCGACUGCACCAAAAUCCCGGGAGAGCAGAAUCUUGUUAUUUGGUGUCGGCCUUAUUUGAAGGACCGGAGGAAAUACAUACAAAUGGUGGAUCCUCUACUCGAAGGGCGAUUCUCGACCCGGAGCCUCCACCACGCUGUUGCAAUCACGGCAAUGUGCCUUCAAGAACAAGCCAGCUUCCGCCCGUUGAUCGGGGACAUCGUGUUGGCGCUUGAGUUCCUAGCGUCGCAAGCGGACGAUUCUCGGAGAGGCCGGUCCCACAGCCGGACCUUGUCAUCGCCAUCGCAGGUAGAUAAUAAGGCUGAUUCGAGAAGGCAAGAUCUCGAAGAUCCGUCGGUUUGAAGUUCCGGCCUCGUCCCCUGGCCGGCCGGCGACGUAAAAAACAUGCUUAGAGGUGCUCUUGAUGUUGCCUUCUUUGGCAGCUAAAUACAUAUAGGGGUUUGAUUUGAUCAUCUUUUCAUAGUGUUAUUUUACUGUAAAUAAUUGUUCCUGUUGUUGCUAACACAAUUUUUUUGUUUAAUUUUUUUUGGGAUUUCUUGAGUUUCUCUUGCCAUGAAUAUGUGGUUUUCUUGAGUACA